AAGCGGAUUAUGAGAAAGAGCUAGAGGAAGAAGAAUUUGGAAAAUCUUAUGACACUUGCAGUAAAAUGUUUCCUAAGGAAGAAGCAUAUACUGAAAGGCUAGAAAAUUAUCGCAAAAGGUAUGAAGAUAAUGAUCUAUAUACUAGUCUAGAGGAAUUAUAUAAGCUUUAUUAUCAUAUAGCUAAGGAGGAGAAUCGCGAAAGGUCAGAUGAUGAAAUAGAACAAAUGCUUAUAGCAAUGGCAAUCUAG